AGGAGUGUUACAGAGGUCCCAGGGUAGGAGGGCGAAUACAUCACUGUCCUUCUGCAAGCAUGUUCCAACUGGCUAGGGGCAGCAUCUCCUUUGUUCUCACCAGAAGGAACGGUCUUAGGUUCAUAACAGCAGGACACACAGAUCUGUGCCUUUAGUGACAACACAUGCAGUUCUCAUAAAGCCUGGUGUGCCCCACUCUGGUGGUGAUGAACUGAUAAAAACCGAUGCCCCAGGCCCACAAAAGGCAGGCGGUAUUGACUGUGCUCAGCCCAUGGGCUUCCAAAUAGCUACAGCCUGGUUCUUGCACAAAGUCAGGAAGGCCUCUAUCAAGAGCAUAUGGGCAGCAGGAGGGGCACUGGCUAGGCCCAUCCUUGUCUUUCCUGGCACUUGUCAGGCCCCACCCAGAGAGAGUUCCAGGAGCCAGGCCCCUCCCUAGGGCUUCUCCUCUCCACUACAGCAGAGAUAAAGAGCCUGUCCAUGCACAGGAGGGGGAGGGGUUGAGACAGCAGGAUCGUGGCAGUUCUACGAGGGCAGAAGUUAGAGGGUACCACAUGACUGGAGUGUAGCUCCACGGCACAGUAUUUGCCUGGUUUAAGAAAGGUCCCAGAGUCCAUUCCCCAGUAGCACGAAAAGGAAAACUAAACACACAACAAACUCAGAGAAAGCACCAUGUGCUUUACAGAAAGGAAGUCCAAAUGUUUGGCAGCUGUGGUCCAGUUCCUGAAGAACUGUUAGGGAAGAAGGGCAGCAGCCGGGGCCUACUCGACUAAGGAGACGUGGAGGAGGUCCGAAAGGGCCUGGCCUUCUACACUGGGCAGCUACAGGCAACCAGGCCUCUCACUUUCAGAGGCUGCACAACACACAGGCAGAGAGCACACGUGUAGGAUGACCCAAUCACAUGACCUUCAGAGUAGUUUUAGACCAGCUAUGUGCCAGGCAGGAGUAAUGGGAGUGACCAGUGUCACACAUCACAGCAGAAGGAACCACCUGCUUGGUUGAGACCAGGGCCAAGGUAGCAAUCAUUGAAGACUGGUCACCUGCCUCCAUCCCUCAGGAAGAACCAGUUUGGACACACUGGCACAAGGUUGUCCCUGUUCUCACUCACAGGACAGAUGUAAGGGGAGGAGGCACACCUUCAAAGCAAACUCUGCUGAGAACUUUGCCUAGGCUCUCUCCAGGAGCCCUGGACCGUCACCACUCUACACACAGGUCUUUUCUGGUUACAACUGAACAGGUCCAGGCCAGGAGGGGAAGAGUUGGUUGAGCCAGUCCUAGAACUUCCCCUCCCAUCUAGAUAAAUGAGGCCUCCAGGGGAUACCGCGUGGUCCCUUCUUGCUUACACGACAGUAAUAUGAGUGAAGACACUGGCCUGGGAGGAGAAGGGGGGUUUCUUGGGGACUCAGCUUCAUAUCAUUCAAGCACACAACCCCUCACUCUACAGCUGAUUCCAGCUAGAGUCCUCAUGAACCUGUUCUUGGAGUCUGAUUCUCCUCCUACACAGAAUCCUAAGACCUGUCUUGUUCCCCGGAGGGCAUCUAGGGGAGGCACCUGAAAAACAUCAGAGGCGGGCCAGGAAGCUGUGUCAGCUGAGGCACCCCAGCAAAACCUGGUGCUGCUGUCUCAAGACAAAGGAAUGCAACAGUAUAAUCUGACCAUCUGAUGCUCAGAACCUUACCUGACAGCCCCUUAGAGGCUCUCUCCAGGUCACAAUUAUCACAAGGUUCCCUUGCCGGGGCGGCUCCAGGCAGGUGUGGGCUGAGGGCUGCCACUGAGCAGACUUCCAUGACUCCCUGUCUCCCGCUGCGCUGCCUCGGAUGCACCCGUGGUACAGGGCUGAAACAGACAAACCUGUUCUGCAGGCUAUGACCGGCAGGAGCCCUACCACCAUGGCAGCCACAGACUUUGUGGGGGAGAUUCGCUCUGUGGGAGAGAGGCUGCUGCUGAAACUGCAACAACUCCCCCAGGCGGAGCCCGUGGAGCUCGUGGCUUUCUCCAUCAUUGUUCUUUUCACAGCUACUGUCCUGGUGCUGGGGCUGAUAGCCUGCAGCUGCUGCUGUGCUCACUGCUGCUGCUCUGAGAGCAGACAGCGGAAGAUCCCGGUGCGGCCCACAAAACCCAGAUGAGGGACAACAGCGAGCUGCCUGGAGAGAAGCUGGACAAGAGCCUUCCAGGACUGUAACCCAGGCUAUUACCAUGGCCACUUUACUCUUCUAGACAAAGGUUACCUGGCCCCAGUUGUGGCAUUUCCCAGGUGACAGGACAGACAUCUGGAGUCUUAUCAAGGAAACAAGUGUUGCCCCAUCUGCCGGGGACACGGGGCUCUGUUGGAGCUGAUGGUUUCACACUCAGACCACCACCUGGGGCAUCUGCUAAGCUGACCCUUUUAAGGGUCCCGCACUUCAAUAGGGACCAGCUCAUGCUUGUCAGGAGCUGGCUCCUGAGGCUCUGCUGACCUAUGCCAAAGAGAAGUAAGCUAGCGAGGGACUCUGUGCACUUUAUCAGACUCCAGGCCUCCUGCUGAGGGGGAGGAACAUGGCAGCAUUCUGGUUAAAAUUUGUCUGCUUAUUUCCAAGUAAACACUUUUUGGUUAUGUGUUUA